AUGCCUGCUUGGAGCCAAUAUCUCGAACUUAAUGACGCUGAGACAGAGAAAGUUGAGAAACGUGGACGAUAUAUUAUUAUAAGGACAUUGGUCGGUGCAGCAGUUUACCCCUUAACACAUGUAAAAAUUCUCUUCCAACUUGGUUAUGAACCAUUUCCUCUAACAUCGGGAAAAUUUCUGUGGUUUUUCCGCGAUGCAUAUUUUCUUCCUAAUGGUUUAAAAUAUGCCACAAAAAUAUAUGAUCGCUUCGGACUAUGUAGACUUUAUACAGGCAUUAAUGCUUCCGUACUUUCGCAGUUCACUUCCGGGCUUAUUGAUCUUGCGACAAGUAUUUACGUGGAUCGUCAUUAUCCCGAAAUUGGUGGAAAACCGAUUAACCUAGACAAAGAAGAAUCGGAGAUGAGUGAUGCAGAAAGUAUGCGUCGUGUUCUACGUUUCGCCAUACGAGAAAGUAUUUCUCGUACCGUUGCUGUCAUUUUUUCACGCCCGUUCACUGUGAUUAUGAUCAGGCAGAUUGCGCAGAUUGUGGGUGGUGAGCUCAAAUAUCAUAAUCUGUUAUUCUCCUUGCGAUUAAUUGGUAUUGAAGAGGGUCCGAAAGGAUUGUUCUCAGGUUUAAUCCCUCAACUGAUUGCGGAGUAUUUAUCGAUAUGGGGUAUACAUUUUGUACUUUAUAGUAUUGAACGUAUUACGUUGCGUGCUCAGCAAGAUGCCAUUCGUUAUAAUAAAACGGAAGAAGAGAAUUUUAUUGUUUCAACACGCAAAAUGCUGCAUUUGAUUGCACCAGUAUUUGUGAACAGUUUCACAUAUCCAUUCCAGGUGGUGUCAACAGUGAUGGCAGUUGCGGGUUCCGGACUCUUGGUUUCUAUGUUGCCUUACAGUCCGCCAUUUGCUAUAUGGCAGGAUGCAUAUGAUUAUCUCUUGCCAGUUAAUGGAUUAAAACGAGGUUCGAGAAUAUUUUGGCGUGAGCAUAGUGGAGCUGUUAGUGUGGGUCCUGAUCAAGAGCUUUAUGCCGCCAAUAAACAUUUCAUAAGUGAGAAUUGUUUAACAGCCAUAUCAAUAUCAGACACAAAUUCAUAUGAAAGGUUACAUGACGACUCGAUGUUAUCGAUGAGUAGUGCUGCUGGUAUCACACAUGAAUCAACCGAGAAUAGCAUCAUCGAUAGCUCAACAUAUUUAACUACCAAAUUAUCAUCUUUCUCGAUACAAAGCACACAUGAAGAGUUUGAUUCAAAACUGUAUUAUUCUUCAACAGAGAGAAUGGAUUUAGUACAAAAUGAUGGUUAUGAUAUUUUUGCAAAUAAAUUGAUAAUACGUUUGAUUAACAAUCUACGAGUCAAACAUCUUCGCGAAGAUGAUGCUCGGGUGAUUCUUAUGAGACGUGGAGAAACUGUUUCGGAAGUUUUCCCGAAUUGGAUAAUGAACGCCUUUAACAAUUCGAAUCUCUAUGUGUCAUAA